AUGCCGCGCAUAUCAACGUCACUCAUCCGCAAGGCGCGUGCGAUAGAUUCUCUUCUUCCCGCUCUUCUCGCACCUUGCCGUGACCUGCAGGCUGCGCAGAACGAGUUGCGAUGGCUGCGCGAACACGUCGAGGCAGUUGGCCAAACACGACGCGCCAGGCCGGACAAGUGGGCCAAGAGAGCUUUGCUGCGCCAAUUGGUUCACGAAAGAUCACGAGGAAAGCCACUCCAGUAUAUACUGGGCACAGAACACUUUGGGGAUUUGGAGAUAAGAUGCGAGCCUGGCGUACUGAUUCCAAGGUAUGAGAAGUUUACAGUCCUAACGGCUUUGACUGAUUUCUGCACCAGACCAGACACAGCGGCUUCAGUCACGCAUCUUGUUAGUCUUCUUCGCAACUCGAAGAAUCUUCCACCAGAAUUGCGUCUUCUUGAUCUCUGUACUGGUACCGGCUGCAUUCCCCUUCUCUUUCAACAUGAAUUAUUGUCUGCACGCAGCGACAUUAACUUGCGCCUUCUCGGCGUCGACGUGUGUGACAAAGCACUAUCUCUGGCUAAACACAACCUACAAAGGCUAUUCAAGGACCGACAACUCCAGGUCAACGGGCAAACUCAAUUUCUAAAAGCCGACGUACUGAUUGACCCGUUCGUGGAUGGAUACGGACAAGCCCUUCCGUUAAAGGCAGCCCUCAACUAUGCUUCGCAGCCGGUUUACUGGGACAUAGUCAUUUCCAACCCACCCUACAUCUCACCCUCUGCCUUUUGGAAGACUACAACGCGCUCAGUGCGUAAUUUCGAACCAAAGCUUGCACUGGUGCCACCAUCCAAGGACAAACACACAGACACACAACAAGGCGAUGUGUUCUAUCCGCGUCUGCUCGAUGUUGCACGAGAUGUGGAGGCUAAAGUGGUGCUGCUGGAAGUCGCUGAUAUUGAGCAAGCGCUACGUGUGGCUAGGAUUGCCAGAGGCUUGAACAUAUUCGAUGGAAUUGAAAUUUGGAGGGAAGAUCCCAAUGCUCCUACCGCCAAGACAAGUAAAGAUGGCUUUGACGUUAUUGGGCAAGGAAAUGCCAGGACAGUCCUCUGCUGGCGAGGUCAAGGAACAAGUUGGCUCGGCAAAACCACCACUACUUCUGCCACGGCUGUAGCAGAGAGUGCGAGCCGCUUGUUCAGGGACACUCCAGCUACAUCGAUGAAUUCUGCCGAAACUUGUUCGCCCAAGGUAGACACAUAUGACUUGAGGCCUCAGUUCGACUUGAAAUUUUUUUCACAGCAGGAUUAUCAGUCCACUCGCCGUUUUUGUAGCCGGAACUGUAAGCAAGAUUGGAUGCUUGACAGACACUUGGUCCAAACAAAGCCCUGA